CCUGCUUCAGCGUGCUGUCGUCUUCACUGUGUCCUCCCCUGCGUCCCGCCCUGCGUGUCCAUGGCGGGCGCUAUGCUGGCGGGCAGAGGGCCAAGGCUCCUCAUGGGGGCCUGGUGGGCAGCUGAGCGGUGGUUUGGAGUGUUCAUGCCAUCCACGAGGAGGUCAUGAAACUCUGGAUGUCCUAUUUGACGAUUCUAAAGCCCUCACAGGGUCUCUGUGGGUACCUUAAGGUCUCUGUGGGUACUCAGAGCGAACAUGUAGAUGGAUGUGUUCCGCUAUGGAUUCCGGCGGAUCACAUGUGGAUGAAGCAAGGAUGUUGUACAGGUUGAUAACUUGAGAACCACGCAUUCAUUCAAUAGUUGGCCCUUCAUUCUAGAACAGAGGUUUGGAAAGUGAACAUGAGGAGCCGAAGAACCAACCAUGAUGAUCUUUGUUGAUUUGCAUGUGCCAACAAUAUGGACCUCAACCCAAAACAUACAUGACCAACAACAGAAAGCAUAUGCCCUUUAGGACCUGCACCUUGUGACUGAUACUGUUGUCAGGCCAUCCUGCAAUAUCCUGCACCAGCUGAGAAGCAUCCGGGACCUCUGAUGCUGUAUAUGCUGUAUAUAUACCACCAAAAGUAUUCCGUAAUGCUGGUACUCCAUGGCGACUGAGGCGAACGCUGCCCCGAACUCACCAGCUGUGGGAUGGUGGUCUCUUCGGUCGGUGCCGGUGAUCACGUCCGACGUCCAAGGCUUCUCCACGUGGCAUCCGCGAGCGAGUUGAUGCACGGGUGGAAGGAGCUCCAUGACCACAAGACCGGCAGGGUCUACUACUUGGAUACGCAGACUGGGCACACAUCGUGGCAGCCAAUGUUUGCACCACAAGUUCGAGGCUCUUGUGCUAGCGUUUGUGAAUCCCGGACCUGUGCGGAUUGGCUCAUCCAGAAGGCUCAUGGCUUUUACACGGUGGAGCCAAAGGUGCAAUGUGAUCUGGCGCACAUCGCCCUCUUGAAGGCUUGUCCGCAGACCUGUCGAAACUGCAUGGUGGCGGAUACGACCUGUGGCACCGUGGAGCCCCUCUUCGAUUGCAAGCACACGGGGGAAGAAGAGAUGCGCGGCUGGAGUGAAACGAAGCUUCGCUGGUGUUGUGAGCAUCGCAGCACUGGAUGUGGUGUACAUCAGAAGUUACCAUCACCAUUUGACUGCGCGGCGGGGCGACGCGGUGCCUGGAGCACGGGAAAGGCCUCCUGGUGUUGCAAUGUCGAGCACAAGGGAUGCCUCUUCAACUGCUACUCGCAGUUGGAGCAAUGGGAGCACAAAUGGUCGCUCAAAAAGAGGUCAUGGUGUUGUGCCCAUCAGAAGUUGGGCUGCAUCCACCCGGGGCAGUUUGACUGCACUGAGGGAGUGCUGGAUGCCCGGCACUGGUCCAAGGUGAGGCGUCACUACUGCUGCCACAUGGAGGGGAUAGGCUGCGAAGCUGGAGGGCAUCACACGAAGGAGCACACAAGGCGGCCGGAGAACCAGACAAGCUGGUCAUGCACUGGCAGGAAUUGGCCCCUGGACAAGAUCAAGUGGUGUUGCCUCACCGAAAAGGUGGGUUGCAAGUUGUUGUCUUCGACGACCACGACGACCUUUCCAGACCUCUUUGACUGCCAGGCAGGCUUAAAGACCUGGGAGCAGGGCUGGUCUCGCCGAAAGAAGAUGUGGUGCUGUAAGUCCAAACACAUUGGAUGCCCCUUCGACUGCCGUGAUCAGAUGGACCAGUGGCAGGUUCGCUGGACCGCUGCGAAGAAGACCUUUUGCUGCGCCACCUUCCGUGUAGGUUGUGUGAGCCUGGGCACCCGGCCGGCAGCACCAGCCCCGGUGCCAGCCCCGGUGCCCUCGGAGAUGGCACCGCUGCUCCAACCUCACGUGGUGACUCACGUCACGGACCACGUGGUGACGCACGUGGUGAUGCAGGACACACCAGAGGUGAGAAGUCCUGAGUUCCACUGCGACAGCAACAUGGCGCUCUGGUCGCCGCAGCAGCGGCACUUUUGCUGCCACGACUAUGGGGUCGGUUGCUUGCAUACUCAACCGCUGGAGGUUCAGGUGCAUCCUGAGAAGAUUGAUGUCCAGUACCCACAGACACAUGUCUUCCAUCCCUCAGCGGAGCACGUCUUCUCAGCAGACCCCUUCCAUUGCCACUCAGGUAAUGAGUUCCACUGGUCCUCCGAGAAAAGACAUUUCUGCUGCGCCAUGCGGAAGAUCGGGUGCAAAUUCCACAGCGUUCUGCUGGGCCACCAGCACUUCGACUGCAACACCUAUGACGCGGACUGGAAGACCACAUGGACGGAGGAGCAGAAGCAUCGUUGUUGUCACGACUAUGGCGUGGGAUGCGAGAAUUGGCACCCACCAGCCCUUCCCUUGGUCAGAAUGGCCAAGGACACCACCUUCGACUGUGAUGAAGGCGCGGCGUUCCCGGACGUGUGGAGCGUGGCCAAGCGGGCCUUCUGCUGUCGCCACGAGUCCAAAGGAUGUUCAGAUGCCACACCACCCAGAUACGACUGCCACGCAGGCCACAACGGAGCUUGGUCAAAGGCACAGACCCAGUGGUGCUGCGACAUGAAGAACGUGGGCUGCGGGGCGUUGCCCCCAAAGUUUGACUGUGGAGAGCAGGUGGCCGAAUGGCACCAGGCCUGGUCGGUCCAAAAGCAACGCUUUUGUUGCGACUCGGUGAAGGUGGGCUGCCCAAAGACGCGCCCUUGGCUUCAAAAGUUGCUCCAAGUUGAGACCACCACCGUCCAUCCAUCGGGCCAGCAGUUCGACUGCAGGGCUGGUGUGAAGCACUGGAAGGAGGCCUGGUCGCCCAGCAAAGCACAUUGGUGUUGCGCUCACCGGGGCUAUGGCUGUCCCUACAACUGCGACGGCCAACGGAGCGACUGGAACCAUGAGCAGCAAGAGUGGUGCUGUGAGCACCGCCAGCAGGGCUGCCUCGCACAAAUGAAGUACGAGCUCCGGCCGAAGCUAGCAGGCCCAGGUGUCCAAUCCUCGCUGUCAAUGGUGGCGCUGCUCUUCAUCUCCUUGGCCUUAGUCGCUUGGAGACUUGGAAGAUACCGCCAGGCACGCGACCAAGACUUUCUGGCGGAAUGAUGGCUGGCUACUGCGAGCCUUGUACCAAAGCAUACGACGGCAAAUGCGCUCAAUCCUUAACACCUUAGACCUUGAAAUGUUGAAGUUCCGAU